AUGAAUAGUUCUGAUUCACUAAAACGUGUUGUUAAACAACAAAAUCUUGAAGACAUAAGCCAUUAUAUUUAUGCUAUUGUCUAUCCGAUUGUGUUUUUACUUGGUGUCGUGGGUAAUUUACUUUCGUCAUUACUUUUCUCUGUAACUAAACUUCAUCGUACUUCAUGUGGUGUUUAUUUUCUAUUACUUGCUGUAUUUGAUACAAUCGCAUUAAUCGGCGGUCUUCAUCAUUGUUUAAAUAUUGGCUAUCGCGUUGCAAUACCGAAUGCUACCUAUUGUCGCGCUCGAGAUUUUCUUGUAUAUGUAUCUAUGGAUAUGACUUCAUGGAUGAUAGUAGCCAUAUCAGUUGAUCGUUAUCUUAAAGUCAAAUAUCCCAUUACAGCACGAAUAUAUGCUACGCAAAAAUUAGCGACGAUUGUUUCAUCGAUAAUAAUGAUCGUUUUUAUCGUAAAGAAUGUUCAUUUAACAACAGUUUUUAUUGGAGAUUUCAGUUCCAAUGCUGCUGACAAUUGCGAUGCAAAUCCACAUUAUCCAAAAUAUGUAGCAUUUUUUCAUAAUGUUUGGCCAUGGAUUGAUCUGACAACGUAUGCUUUAUUUCCUUUUCUUAUAGUUACAAUAUGUAAUGCAUUUAUAAUUCAUGAUCAAUAUAAACGACGUGUUAAACUUCGCAAACGUAAUCUUGAUCGUUCAUUAAUAACAUUACUUUUAGUUAGUUCUGUUUCCUUAAUUCUUUGUAAUCUUCCAAUAACAAUCCUAGCCGGAGUCUAUACGCACAUUUCAUCGUCAACCAAUACAAAUGACACAUAUGAUAGUGUUGCAUUUGCUUUCGAUCUUUUACGUAUACCAUCCUAUGGAUCUUUAGCAUUCAAUUUCUAUUUAUAUUAUUAUUCAUCCGAUAUAUUUCGACAACAAGUUAUUCUUUUAUUCCAUCGGAUAUUUCGUAUCAAACCAAAAACGAAUGAUAUUGAAUUAACAGAACGAACAUAUCCAGACGCUGGCCGCUAUGAAAAUCGACUCUAUUCAAUUGAUGAAUUUGAUGACUAUCAAACACCAAUGCCAUCGUUGAAUGGCAGCAGUUAUAUUUCGAACUUUUAUAAUCAAUAA